CCGUCACAAUUUUCUUCUUCUUCGCUUCGCCUUACAACCUGCAAUUCGGAUUUCUGUUUGUUAAUUUGUUAAUUUGGUUGAAUCGCAAGUAAGAACAUGGCUAGUUCGGUGCACGUGAAGGUCGAGGCUCCGCCGGAGGACAAUUCUGGUGUGAUUGUGAUACCCGAUCGCGAAGAUGAUGACAUAUGUGAGCUGGAGCACUUGCGUAAGCUGUUCAUUGGCGGACUGGCGCCGUACACCACCGAGGAAGGCCUGAAAGUGUUCUACGGCCAGUGGGGCAAAGUGGUCGAUGUGGUGGUGAUGCGCGAUGCGGCCACCAAAAGAUCCCGCGGCUUUGGCUUCAUCACCUACACAAAGUCGAUCAUGGUGGACAGGGCCCAGGAGAACAGACCGCAUAUCAUCGACGGAAAAAACGUGGAAGCCAAGCGAGCUCUGCCUCGUCCUGAGCGCGAAUCGCGUGAGACCAACAUAUCCGUCAAGAAGUUGUUCGUGGGCGGUCUGAAGGAUAACCACGACGAGGAUUGCCUGCGGGAGUACUUCGUCCAGUUCGGACGCGUGAUCUCUGUUAAAUUACUCACUGACAAAACCACCGGCAAGCGUCGUGGCUUCGCUUUCAUCGAGUUUGACGAUUACGACGCCGUCGACAAGGCAAUUCUUCAAAAACAGCAUUCGAUCAAGUACGUGCACGUGGACGUGAAAAAGUCCAUCUACAACCUGGAGAAAAAGGACAAACAGCAGCAAGGAGCCUUGGCCAACGGCACCAAGCCGCCACUCAAUCAGCAGCAGCAGCAGCAGCAACAACCGCCGCCACCACAGCAGCAGCAGCAUAACGGCAACAUGCAGGUGGCUGUCUACCGUCCACCCGUGCCACCGCCCCAGGCUAUGCCCCCCUACCACCAGCAGCCACCACCGCCCCCCAUGAACGCCCCGCCACCAAACUACAACUACUGGGGACCUCCUCCCCCGCCAAUGCAGUCCUACUACCAACAGCCCCCACCGCCGCAGAUGAACGCCUGGGGUCCCUAUCCGCCGGUACAGAACGGCUGGAACGCACCACCCCCACCGCCCCCCGGUGCCCAGCAGUGGCAUCCCGGCCAGUGGGGUUGUCCGCCACCAGUGCAACAAGUCCCUCCGGCUGGGACAGUGCCACCAAACAUGGGCCACAACGGACCGCCGCCUCCGGCUCCUGGUAACUGGAACAUGCCGCCCAAUGCACCGCCACCGGUGCCGGGAGCACCACAGCCGCAGGGACCGCCAACACACCAGCAACCUCCACAGCAGCAGCCGCCACCACCGAACUUCGGCAGCGGCUAUCAGCAGAGCUACGGAGGCGGACCAACCAAGCACAAUAGCAUGAAUGCCAAUCGCAUGAAUCCCUAUGCGGCUGCGCCGCCAAACAACUACCACAAUCCCCAACCUCCGGCAUAUCCGCCCUACAAUGCUGGAGCUCCGCCGCCUAAUGGAAACGUUCUGUCGUCGACUGGCGCCAAGGCGGUGGGGGUGUCCAACGGAUCGGUGGCUACUGGAGGCAGUGCCAACAGCAAGUACCGCCGUUAGAAAGGGUGAGUAGAUGGUGCAAUUGCAACCUGUCCCCGCCAUUAGUCGUUUGUUUUAAAUGUGACCUAUGCAUAAGAGAGAGAGAGAGAGACCCCAAUACGUCUGGCCACCCAUAUUAGGAACAGUUUCUCGACUGACAGAUAAUGUUUUCCGUACAUUUAAAAGCCUGUUCUUUUAAGGAGAGAGUUAUACAUUCUUGUUCAGUGGAAAAUAGAAUUUUCAGAAGGGUAGCUAACUGGCACCUUAACUGGCAGUCGAGAAACCGGCCCUUUAUAUAUUAAUACUAAUGUGUAACGUUCUCUUUGAUUUAGAUGCUCUCUGAGCGGCUUAAGCCCAUGAAUCAAGAUACUGUUAAAUAAGCUCGUUGAUAAGCUAGGGCCACACUCGCUUAGAGUUACUAACAGGAAACAUAACGCAUUGUCUCUCUAUCAUAGAACAACUAACUACGGUUUAACUCUACACUUAAGCUAUACCAAAUCUACGAUCGACCUAAGCUAUGCCACAGACUAUGUAUUAAUAUUUUCUAAACCGUAUUGGAAGGAGAAAGCACUUCUCCGGUUUCGAUUUACUUUAGACAUUUUUUGUAACCCUUAAAUCGUAGAAUAUGCCCGAAUACGAUAUGACAUAAAGCUCUCUAUUUGAAUCCAA